AUGGAAAAACCUAACGACCCGAAACCCAGCCGGUUCUACAAAUGCGGCAAGGAGGAUGCCAAAAUUGUCGAAAACACUGCUGAAAUCCUGACGCUGCCGUUGAGGAAAGUCAGCGACAAGGCGGUCAUCACCGGAGGCGCCGGCUACUUCGGCUUUACGCUCGGCUGCGCGCUGGCUAAAUCGGGAACCGAAGUCAUUUUGUACGAUUUUAAUCCGCCCAUCUGGGACAUCCCAAAGGGAAUAAUAUUGAUCAGGUCAGACGUGAGAAACUUCAGUGACUUAUACUCGGCCUGCGAAGGUGUGGAUUGUCUCAUCCACACAGCCGCGUACGGGAUGAGCGGCAUAGAACAAGUGCACAAGAAACGCAUUCGGUCGAUCAACAUUGGAGGGACCGGAAUUGUCCUCGAAGUGUGCAAGCGGCAAAGAAUCCCCAGAUUGAUCUACACCAGUACAGUCGAUGUGAUCUUUGGAGGACAAACGAUCCUCGACGGAGACGAAGCGACCGUAUCCUAUUUCCCUUUAGAGCAGCAAGUUAAUGAAUAUUCCCGGACAAAAUCAAUCGCAGAACAAAUGGUCUUAGCGGCGAAUGGAUCACUCCUGGAAGGAGGAGGGAAGUUACACACCUGUGCAAUCCGCCCUCCUGGAAUUUACGGACUGGAAGAGAUGCGGCAUUUGUCUCAGUUGGCCCUCAAUAUCGAAAGAGGCUUUUUUAACGUCUGUUUCGACAAUGCGGGGAUCCUGAUGAACUGGGUCCACGUGAAAAAUCUGGUCCAAGGCCACAUCCUUGCUGCGAAGGCUCUCACUCCCGAAAUGAACUAUAUCGCGGGUGGGCAGGCCUACUUUAUCAACGAUGGGGAGAAGGUCAACCUGUUUGAAUGGCUGCUGCCCUUGUUUGAAAAACUGGGCUACAAGAAACCGUGGAUCCAUAUUCCUGUUUUUUUGCUUCAUCUAACAGCUGCCGUCAUGGAAAAAUUACAAAAUCUAUUGCUACCCAUCGUGGAGAUCCCAGCCCUGAUCACCAGAAACGAAGUACACAACAUGUGUGUCAUGCACACCUUCAAAAUAGAUAAAGCUCGGGCCCAUCUUGGCUAUGCCCCGAAAAAGUACCCGUUUGCCGACUGCGUGGAUCACUUUUUGAAAAAGGGACCCCGUCCGAGGAGUUUUUUCUUACGAAAAUGCCUUUUUCUGCUGGUCCUCCUCGCGGGGCUGAUCGUGCUGUAUGUGAAAUUCACCCAAGUCCGAACUUUCCUGCUCGAUUCCUGGGAAAAAUAUCGCUAUGUUCUGAAGAGGUAA